AUGGCUUCCGCCUCUGCCUCUUCGCAUGCAAUGCAUGCACCUUUGGUCAUCAUGGGGGGUACCGAAGAAGAGCCAGCCCGCACGACAAAGACGCUUGUGUCCUGGGACAAGGUACCACCCUCCAAGGAGUUCACCAAAGACUCGCCAGGGAUCAAGUUCCAUGGCAUUAACCCCGGUCGAGUCAAUGAACUGCGGGUGAUGAUGCGCGAAGUACUCGAAUCGGGGAAACCGGUUGGGGACGACCCGGAGCGUCGUGACUGGGAACCAGUUGAGGGGCUAUCCGGACAGGAAGAGCUCGUCGGCCUCCUAGCACAAGGCGUUAGUGUGGUUCAAAUAUUCACCAAGGUCUCCUUGGAUGAGCAGCACGCGCGGGCCUACGAGAGCUGCAUGUUGUACUGGCAGACCCUCAUGAAGGCUUCCUUGACGAUCGGUCACUUUUGGUUCUACCGGAAGCAGAACCCAGAGGGUGCCAGCCUCUUCAGUCAUCACUUCGCGCUCAAAGGCUUAGCCGUUCCCAGAUGGUUAGUGUCGGUAUUCGAGGUGGAAUACGACGAGAAAGGCAUGCCUCUCAACAUGGUUCCAGCUAAGUGGAGCACGUUCCGUCUGCCAAAGAUCCUCUGUCCAGAGGACACCGCUUUCCUGGUCACUCUCGGCGCACAGAGAGCGGCAGAAACCCAAUCGAAGACCAUCAGCCGGUAUCUCACGGACCGCAAAGCCGACUGCACCAUGAGCUUCACCGAGAACUCGCAGAAGAAUGGCCAGUUCCUGGUUGAGGUCAUCCUCACUUCCAUUUCCGCGGAUGCAGGCGACGACGUACGCCUCCCGGCCCCCGACUCUCGCGUUGUCCCGACGGUCCGAGCCUCUGUAGGAGGAUCGACGAAGCUUGCGAAGAUUAAGCUCAUAGGUUACGUUACCGAAGAUCUCUACAAGGGAACUUCUCACUUCGCGGUCUUCUGUCAAGGAAUAGGCCUUGCGAAAAUGGGCGUCCCCAUCGCUGGACAGAUCGAGCUCAUCGACGACAUAACAACGACCGCUCGCCACAUCAACGCAAUGCUUCUGGGUGCUAACAAGAGGCAGGAUAGCGGCGUAGACAUCGGUGCACUACUCCACCUCAGGGAGCCCACGCAACAAGAGGUCUACGAAAGGGUCAUCGACAGCAGCCAGCCUGGCUUCAACAACAGGCAAAAGCAGGCAGCCAUGAAGAUCACCAAGAGUUUGACAGGCCUCGAGCUCAUCGUGGGGCCGCCUGGCACUGGCAAGACCGCCCUUGGGCAAACCAUCGUGGAAGGUCUCGCCCAGUGUAACUACAGAGUUCUCGUCUGCGCUUCGAAGCAUGAGGCUGUGGAAGUUGCCUUCCGGAAGUUCCAGGCCGUAACACGACUUCCGGCUAACCAAUUUGUCCGCUGGUCCUGCCUGGAACGAAGUCGCAGUGCAACGAGACGGAGGCCGAGCUUGCCGUACAACUCGUCCAAUUCGUUCUUGGCUACACCCCCCAACGAGGACCAGGGUCAAAGGAAGAUAGAACCAAAGGAUAUCCUUCUGAUUUCGCCUUACACAGCUCAGAUCCAGUUGAUUGAGCGGAAGCUGCUGACGCGGAACAUUCCAGGUCUCAAGGUCUUGAACCUCUGUUUGAAGACUACGUCGCAAGCCCAGGGCUCCGAGGCCCCAAUCGUCAUCGUCUCGCUCGUCCGCAACGACCACGAGAAUGCGCUCAACGUCGGUUUCGUCAAAGACGGCAGCCUGCUCAACGUCGAGAUGUCGCGCGCCAAAAACUGGCUCUUCAUACUGGGGAACUUCCGAGGUUGGAUGAACGAAUACCACAACCACAACAGCACGCUCUUGCUCCCGAAUGGAGUCUUCAAAGUCUUCUGCGGCUUGUUGAAGCACCUGGAUGCAAAGGGUGACUUCGUCACCGGGCCUCACCUUACCCAAGGGCUUAGCGGUGGCAGGAUUGAAGGUCCGGGUUUUAACGAUCUUAUCCAGGGAGCUAGUCGAACCGUUCGGUCCGGUCAAACACCUUCCGGACUCUUGGCUCAGCAAGGCCAAUUUGCGGGGAUGCAACAUGGCGGUAGAGGCGGCAAUAACAGAGACGGCAAUAACAGAGGCGGCGGCAGAGGCGGCGGCAGAGGUGGAAGUAGAGGCGGAAACCGUGGAGGAGCCUAG